CAGUUCUUCUCCUCAACUCAAGCUACUUAUAGCUUCAAGUACGAUAAAAAUUUACUUCCAAGAAAGUAAAAACAAAACAUUUUUAUAUAAAAAAUUAAGAUCUGUACUCAGGGAUACCAGACACUUUAAGUCGAUACUCUCUCACGGAAUUGGGAAUUGUGGUUUUCUAUAAUGUUUUAUUGUGUGACCAAAACAAAGAACCAACAAUAACCAUCAUCCAUGAAGUGAUAUGUGAAAGAGUUCGAAUCGGGAUUGGAAUUUCGUUAACCGUCAUCGGCCGGCGCGGCGACGAUAUCAAUUUUAAUUUGCCUUGUCCCUUGUCGAAUUGUUUAGUAUAUGAGUCAUAGGACUUGAUGCCAGAGCGUGUGGCGCAAUAAUUUCGUCUCUGUGUCCAAAAUAAACCAAAUCAGACCGAUUGUGUUGCGGCUUCCUCUAAGUCGUUGUCGGCGGUGCUGUGCGGCUUCGGCGUCGGCGUUGUUGGUCGGGUGGUUGUGGAACAAAUUAUGUACUUUUGCGCCACUUUGACUCAAUCUUAAAGUUAAAGCUGUUAUAAGUGGCUGCGCCACCACUACCAUCACAACACCAGCUGGCUUACCGAGUCUUGACCCUAAUCGGAUUACGGAAUUAAAUAAGAAUUCGGAUUUUUGAAGGUCUUUUCGUCGCGACUACGCGAACUCAGCAGAUGUCAAAUAAACAAAGAUAUUAUUUAAUGAAUCUUUAUUGACCGCAUAAGUCAAGCCCCAAGCCAAGUCAAGCCAUAUCAUCAUCAUCAGCAUCUCACUUUGGGAUUCCGCAAUUUAAAUUGGUGCGAUAUCUUUUUGUGACGGUAGUGACUCAUUUAUCCAUCAAUUCAAAACCGCGUAUGUGAUCUGUGAGCAACUUCAAAUAAUAUACAAUCAAUUAUUAUUAACAAUUGUGAUUUAUUGUUUUGUUUGAUUUUAUCGAUUAUUCAUAAAAUAAAUUUAAAAAAAAAAUCGUUGCAUAAUAAUAAUGGCGGCAACAAUUCAAACACAACCCACGCAACAACAACCGCCAUCAUCAUUGUUGAGCAACCAUAACAACAACAACAAUAAAUCAGUAACGAAUCCCCAAUUGAAAAGGAUCGUUUACUCCAAGUAUCGGGAAUUGUUGGGCUCGUACAAUGAUAAGGCCAAUGCAAUUAUUGAUUCCCUACCCGCUUAUAUGGUUAAGGAGGAUCGAGGAUUUCAUUUCGAUCCGCAAAUUAUUAACGAUUGCGAUAAUGUUGUAUAUGGCACACCCCCAGCUCCACCACCUCUAUCGGCCGGCUCGAUACCAUCACAGCGGCUGUCAACACAAAUACCCCAAUAUAAUGUCGCCGAGGCACCAGCGUGCGUCCAAAAUGCCAUGAUGACAAAAGACAAGAAGCCCUUCACCUAUACCCCGGGUGGUAUUGACUUGUCACAGAUCAAGAGCCAACGAAUGGCCAAGAGAUUGGCACGGAAUGCUCAAAGUGAAGGCGCAACUGGUCAACAACAGCUACAUAGGCCGACACAAAUGCAAUCACCAUCACAGCAACAAAGCAAUGGUGGAACUGUAGCUGCUUCGCAGUUGGGCGCCACAGCAAUGGGAAUGCCCUUUCAAGUGCUUCCAACUGGUCCACCACCUCCACCACCACAGCCCAUCGGCAAAGUUGGGGCACCCCCUCCACCACCACCUGCACCACAGAACAAAUUAGCUCCACAAUCGAAUGGGAAUGCCCAACGCAGAUCCCCAACUCCACAAAAUUUCGAACCACCACCCAUGGGCUUCCGUCCAGAGAUCAAAAUUCCUCCAAAUCCAAUGGCCAGUUUAAAGAAAGUACCACCGCCACAAGAGAAGAAUAACUUCUGGGUGGAAGAGUACCGUAAGGAGCGCUCAAAGAGCCCCAUGGUUGGUAAUGACGAAAACGAUAACAACAGAUCCUCACCGAAUAACCCAAAACCUGAAACGAAUCAGUACUCAUACACCAACAACAAUAGUAAUCAACAAAAUGACUAUCAACAAAAUCAAUAUCGUGCCCCACAAUCUCCACAACCGAUGCGUCAACAACAACAGCAAGAAUUCUACAACCAGAGGCAACCAAGUCCACCAAGAACACCAAUACAACAUCUGGACGAACAAAGACGCAACGAAAGCCCAUAUCAGCCUUCAUAUUCACCACAGCAACAACAAUCUCCAUCAAUUCAGAGACAAAAUUCACAAUAUCAACAACAAAACUCACCACAACAACAACAAUCACCAACGAUCCAACGACAAUCAUCACAAUUAUAUCAAAAUUCUCCACAACAAUCCCCACUUGUUCAACGACAACAAUCAAUCCCGACAGCACCACAACAAUACCAUCAGAGUUCGCCACAACAAUCACCAUCUAUUCAACGACAACAAACUGUACCCCAACCACAAUAUCAACAAAGCCCAACUUCGCCUCACUAUCAACAACAGCAACAGCAGCAGCAGUCACAGCAACAAGCUUCACCAACUCCACAACAAUCAUCAGUGCCAUGGCGUCAGCAGAAACAAGUCCCAUUGGGAAUUCAAAAUAAUGUUUCACGACCCAGAGAUGUUAUCAGCCCAGGACCAAUUGAUUCUCCAAGACCACAACAACAACCCCAGCAACAAUAUCCGGCUUAUUUGAGAUCUCGUGAAGCUCAAAGUCCAGCUCCAGAACAAAAAUCACCUCAAAUGUCGCAGCCAUAUCAGCAAAAGAACGCUCAAGUGGGAUCGAUAUAUAUCCCUCCAGUUGCAAACCAACAACAACAACAGCAACAAUAUUCACCAUAUCAAGACUCGCAAGGUCCAAGACAACAACAACAAGCUCCCAGACAAGCUCCAACUAAUCGAUGGAUGAAUGCUCAAGGACAAACAGUUGAGUCCUUAAAUCAUGUAAAAUCACCACCGCCAACUUCAUCGCCAAGCAUUUCUUCAAGUAAUGGAUUUGGUAAUACUGGCUUAAGGUUGCAGAUUAAUAAUAAUACAACAUCUUCUAAUGUAAAGGAAAGAAUUAUUCCAAUUCAAUUAGAAAAAACACCAACUCCAACACGUACACCAUCAUCAGCACCAGGAUUUGGUCCACAACCAUUUUAUAAUAGUGCUCAGCAGCAGCAAUAUAGCAGUGUGCCAUCUCCGCCUAUGACACAGGGAUCUCCAAAUAAUGGACAAAAUUCACCAAAUUAUGUUGUUCGUUCACCAAACCAAUUUGUCGACCAAGGUUAUAAUCAAUAUUCAGGAGUUCAAGAUCAUCCAUCUCGAGUUACAUCGCCACCAGUGCAACAAUCAUCGAGAAUUAUUCAACAAACUAGUACCGCUGGCGGUGUUAUGACUCGAAUUAUACCAAUUGCUUUAGAAUCUCAACCAGAUGGACCAUUAAAUCCAAAUAAUGCACGUGGACCCAUUUCUCAGCAACCGAUUGUUAUUCAAAAUGAUCCACGCAAUCAAAAUACAUGGGGUAGCGGCAGUGCAACUCCAACUCAAUCAAAGUCAUUUAGAAUUUUGCAAAAAAUCACAGACACCUCAGAUGAUAGUGCUUUAGAAAAUAAAGCUAUCGAAUCUGAUGGUGGUGGUAAUAAUAGUGGAAGUGAUUAUCAAGAACCACAAUUGCAACGACCAACUUUUGCACGUCAAAUGACUUCAACUGGUCAAAUAAAUAGUCCAAAUGCUGAGCAAAUGAAACGAAUGCAGUUACAAAACGAACAGGGUUAUGUUAAUCGGGCCAGGAAUCAAGAUGAAGAUAAAAAAUCAACUAGUGAUGAAGAUCCUCGCUAUCGCGGGCCUUCAAAUCCUUCGAAAACUUUUAAGAAACUACAAGGUGCUGUUGAGCGUUGUUCUCCAUCAGGCAAAACCGAUGAAAACGGCACUCCUCCUGUUAUGAAACAACCUCAACCUAAUAGAUAUGUCAGUCAAAGACCAGUUUACAGCCCAGAUGAACAUUCUCAACAAUAUGUUCAUCCAAGUGAACAACAUGUACCAGAACCGAAAAUUUAUACUGGUAGUGCUAUACCAAGUCGAUCUUUUAAAAUUCUACAAGCAAUGACAACACCGGAAAAUGCUGAUCGGUUUCAACCAAAAGAUAAUAUCUGCGGUUUUCAAAAUGAGAAGCGAAUUAGAACGAUUUAUCUUAAAAAAGAAGAAGAUAUAAAACAUGGACAAAUGUCCAAUAUUAAAAGAAUGUCAUUUAUUUUUUUCUUCUCUUCCGCAUUAUGUUCUUAUUUUUCGUUUUAUUAUUAUUUUAUUUUUUUUUUUGUAGCCGAGAGUGAUAGCUCGGAUGUUGUUGAAACAGAUACGUCCAUAAGUGAAUGUCCUUAUCAACAGCAACAACCCCAACCGUCCUAUCCAUAUCCUUAUCCUUACUUACCGCCUUGUUGUGCUCAUCCAUCACCACCACCACACCCACCGCAACAACCAUCAACUUCUUCAUCUGGCGGUGAUUUAAAUAAUUGGCAGUAUCCUUUACCCUAUCAUCCUCAUCCACAUCAUCAUCCUCAUCAUCAUCACCAUCAUCAUCAUCCUUACCCCCCACCGCCACAUCAUCCCCAUUCACACCAUCCACAUCAACAUCCUGCUUACCCAUAUCCUCCUCCAUGUCCAUGUUACUUUUAUAACUUCCACUCCAAUGAUUAUGAUUCGCAAAAUUGUAGCUCUCGUAGUUCGUUUAGUUCUCGUGGUUCUUAUAGUAGAGGCAGGUCUCAGUCACAGGAUCUUCCGAAUAUAAUCAUAACACCAAGUACCGAUGAUGUUCCACAGGAAAUCAACGGUGAAAGUGAGCGAAUGGCUCGAAAUCAAAGAGAAGGUUCAGUGAUCGAUAUUUUAUCACAGAGACUCAGUGAGAUCUCUAAGCCCAAUGGCAAGGACCUCAAUAUUAGUCAAGAGGACGAAAAGAAAUUUAACGGUGAUAAUGGAAAAGAAUUUUCAAAUUCCCCCUCACCAAUUAAGUCCGAAAGCGAGAACAGUAAAAUAUCCUCCGAAGACAGUUCUGAAGAACUACUAACGUCUUGUUCAGAACCAUCAUCGAGCUCGAGUUCUGAAGAAUGUGUCGAAGGAUUGUCGAAUGAUGGACUCCAAGCAAUAAAGUCGGUAACGAAUAUUCAAUUCUAUAACAAGAAAAUGAUGGAUGAAGUUGAAGAUGAUGAUCGCACAAUUGCUGGAGAUGAAAGUAUGGUAUUUGACGAAGAAGAAGAAGAAGAGGAAGAAAUUAUCGGCGAAGAGCUCGAGUAUGACGAAGAAGAAGUUCUUGUUGAAGAAAUGGAUUCCGAAGCAGAAGAAGAGGACGAGGAAGAGAUUUUCGAACAAGAUGAAAUAAUAAUAAUGGACGAUCUAAGUGUGAUCUAUGAAGAAAACGAAGAAGACCACAUCAGUCCAAGACCAUCGAGUCACAUCAGCUCAAGUGUCAGUGAGUCAUCAACUUUAGCAAAUGAAGAAUGCGAGGAAGAGGAAUUAGUAGAAGAAGAAGACGCUGACAAAAAAGAAAAUGACGAAGAGGAUAACUCGAAUUCCGUCACCGUGCGAUUGCCAUUGCGAUUUUCCUUCAGCCGUUCGUCCAACGAUGAAAACAUUGCAACUGUUGAAGUUGGCAAUAGUCAAAUUGAAGAUAAAGGAAGAUCCUUUAGUAUUGCAUCGGUUGAAGCAGAACCAGAAUCCUAUGAAACUGAUUCUCAAGAUUGUGAUGUAAGUGUGACAAUAAGUUUAAGUCGUUCCAGUGAAUCGGUAGAUAAGAAGGUAUCUAGUCCUUCUCCGUUAACCUUUUCAGCUGGAGAGGUGAUUCAGAAAGAAGUUAAAACAGAAAAUAUUUGGGAGUCUGAAGAUGAAGAUGUAUCAGUAUCAUUUUCACUACCAAUGAGGAAUAAAUUUAUGGAUCAGACUUGGAGUGGAGAUCUUACAAAUAAUAUAUCUAUGAUCGAAGAAAAGAACAACAGAGAAGAUGCCAACAAUGACAUUAAAGACAAAACAUCAGUUGAAGCUUGGAGACGGAAUAACAUACUCUUUGAAGAAAAUGAAGAAAAGAAGAGAUUAUUAGAGGAAAAUAAUUCACUAGUAGUAAUGAACAACAAAACGAACGUAGAAAAUCCAAGAGCAGAAACAUACGUGUGUGAAGAAAAGCAGACAAUUUUAGAAGAAGUAUCUGCAUGUGAAGCAUAUAUAGAAACAACUGAAGAAACGAAAGAAGAAUACUGUUCUGUGGAAACUUCAGUUAAAUCGUUUGUCGAAGAUGAGGAAGAGGCCGAAGAAAAAACAGAUUCGAAAUCAGAAGAAGAAUUGGACUUCUGGGAAACUUUACAGGCAACAAGAAAGGAAGCACAAUUAUUCCUCGAAAAAACUGCUGGUUAUUGGGGUAAGUCUGUUGAUGGAAAGGAAAAAGCAGAACCAGGUCAAAUUGAAACUCCAAAACCUCAAGAUAUAGAAGAAAAAGAUGAAGAUUUUUGGUCAAAUAUUCGAAUUAAAAAAGAACCUGAAGAAAAGAAGGACUCAAAACCGAAAACUCCAAAACUAAAAAAGAAGAAAAAAGUCGUAAAAGCUCCGGUCAAAGAACCAUUACCAGACCCUGAACCGGAACCAAAGCUGACAAUAAUAAAAUUGCCCAAUGCUAAUAAUAAAUCAAAAGUCGUUGAAUCUGCCAUUCAAAUGAUACAAGAGAAAACUAAGAAACCAAAGAAAUUAGUGAAGCAAGUAAGUAAAGAAGAAGUAAAAGUUGUUAAAGCAGCAAUGGAGAAUGAAAUUGUUCAAAUUAGUAAAGCAGUUGAAGAAGAAAAGAAAUUGAUUGAAGAAGCAAAGAUCAGAAGAGCAUCGCUUGUUAGUGCGAAGUCAAUUGAUGAAUUUAAAAUUAAAGAAGAGGCAGUUCCUAAAAAAGAGGAAGAAGAAAAUGAUAAUAACAGUAAGUAUGUUAGAGAAAAAGCAGAGUUAAAGACUCAAAUUUUGAAUCAAAAGUUCGCCAAAGCCUUUGUGAUUCCAAAUAAGCCUCCUCUAAUGAAUGCGGUUCUAACGGAAGCAGAAUGCGAAGCACCAACCUUAAAUCAUAACCAAAAGUCAGUAACUAAUAAAAUAAGUUUAGAUGGAGUCAAGAGUGAGGAAUCGAUUUCAAAGACUGUGGCAAAAGAAACUUCGAUUUCAAAUGAUGAUACUAAAAUAGCAGAGAGGAAAAAUAGCAUACCCAAAUUGCUUGUCUCCCAUGACUCUGAGAGCUCCACCACCAAACCAGAUGUAAUUGAAGAACCGAAGAAACUUAUAAAAAAGAAGAUAAUCAAAGCAAAAACCACAAAUGAAGAAAGCGAUGGAAAUACUUUAAAACCACCAGUAAAGAAAACUUUGAAGAAAGCUACCAAAGAAACGAAAAAAAUCAAAAAGAAGAAAGAAGAUACCUCAGGCGUUGGAAUUAAAAUUGAAGAAGUUAAAGAAAUUGAAAAUACAAAAGUUGUUUCAGAGGAAAUAUCUCAAGAAGUUUUUAAGAGUAAAACUCAGGUUGUUCAUGUUGAAGAAAAAGUGAAAGAGAUUGUUGAAGUUAAGAAGACAUCAUCUUCACUUAUGAUUGGAGCAAAAUCAGACGAUACAGACUUUUGGGCAGAAAUUGAAAACUCCAAAAGCAAUGAUAAUCUUUGCAAAAAGAAAGAAGAUGAAGCAGAAUCUACAAAUAUUGAAACAGAUCCUUGGGCAAAUAUACAAACCUCAAAAGAAGCAAGUGAAGAAUCUUCUAAAAUCGUGACUCAAGAACACGAUGUUUGGGCUGAAAUUGAGUCUGUAACAGGCAAGAAUCUAGCAAAACCAAAUUCUCUUGAUGAAGAACCAGAUUUCUGGGCUGAGAUUGAUUCAGUUAAAACUAAAAAAGAACAAGAUACAGAAUCGCAUAUUUUGGUUGAGUCUUCAAAGCUCAAGACUCAACAGAAAGUACUAGCGGAAAAUGUUCAAACUUUGGAAUGGUUUAACAUAGAAAUGUUCAAAGCUCAAGAAGUGAAAAGUACUGAAGUAUAUACUCCGAUUGUUCUGAAUGGGUGUAAGGACUUCUGGGCAGAAAAGAUUGAAAAACCGUCAACAUUUAAAAAAGCAGAAAGUCAAGAAAAUGAUUUUUGGCUUGAAAUCGAAUCAACCAAAGUGAAAAAUAAAGACACAAAGGAGUGUUCUAGAAAACAAACUUCGAAAACAAAUAUUGAUGUGUCUUCAGUAAGCAAACUUAAAACAAUGCCAACUGAGGACAACCUGUCAUUAGAAAGAAAUUCUAAGAAAAAAGUGAAGAAGUCCUAUUCAUCUUGUAAUGUAGAAAAGGAAACAGAAGUCAAUAAGCCCAAAACAAAAAAGAAGAGCUCAGACGGAGAGUCUUCUCAUAAGUACCGAACUGAAGAAGAAAAUUGCGUAUCUAUCGAAAACUCAAAUGAUGCCUCCAAACCAAAAUCUAAGAGGAAGAUCUCAACUACUAAUGAAGAAUUAAUUAAUCAGAACACUGAAGCAGAUUUGAAAAUCAAAACUAAAAAGAAAUCAAAAUCCCAUGAAAUGAACGAUGGAGAAAAACUUUCAUCUCUCAAGACAAAAUCCAAAAAAAAAUCAAUUUCAAAUCAAGAAGAGGACACAACCAUGUGGUUAGCUUCAAACACUUCAAAAUCAACAAAAUCUUGCAGCCUUCAAGUGUACAGUGAUUAUGACAUUGAACUGAUUCAUUCAGACCCAGAGCCAAUAUUUUACCCGAUUCACUCUGAACCAGAAACUGGAAUAAGUUUUUGGGCAACAGUAAGCUAUGUUCCAGAAGAAGAACCUCAGAUUGUAGAGGAACAAGAAAUAGACUUUUGGGCAAGUAAUCAAAAUGAGUCAACCAAUUCAGAAAUAGACACUGGCAAAAUAGAUUUCUGGGUAACUCAAAGAAAAUUCGAAUUCGAAGCAAACCGAGGAUUCAUUGAAGAACCGAAACCAGCAAUGAUAGAAGAACCAACUGAAGAAGUUGAUUUUUGGGCUGAAAUUAAAGGACCAAAUGAAGAUGUCAAUGAAGAACCACCCUCAAAUGAUGAUUGUGAACUUCGAAGAAAUAAUUAUAAAAAAGCUAUGGCUUUCUUCACGAAUACUGUUAAUGUUGAGAAGAAAGAAGAACCAAAGAAAAUUAUCGCUUUGCCAGAAGAAGAAGGACCAACAUGGUCGUGGAGGAACUCUGUUGAACCUGAGUGGGAUGUUCCUGAGCAGCAAGUGUCAAAUAAUGUUGUUCUAGUUCUUGAAGAUAACGAAACUACUGAAGAUGAACCAGAAACUUUAAUCGAGAACAAACCUUAUGACUAUGGAAAUACCUACAGCCAUGAACAGCAACGAAAUGACGAAGAAGAAUCUCAAAGCUCAGAAAGUAUAAGUGAUUCAACACCAAAUCACUUCCAAAUCGAACAUCUUUAUCCGAAACCUGAACCAGAACAAUUCAAACCAAAAGAAGACCCAAUAGAACCAAUACAAAAUGAAGCUACUGAAGAAUCAAAGAUAUCGGUUAAAGAUCGAAUUUUCGCUUUUGAAAGUGGAACGACCGAACCACCACCAUCAGCUAAGGCGGCAAAGACUUCACUAAUUGUUGAUAGUACAUCGCCGAAGAGUAAUCUAAGUAGAAAUAGUUCUCAGCGAUCUGAGUCGGAAAUUGAAGAAGAUGACUCUGGGGUCACCGACAUGAACAAACCCCUAUCUGAGACUGACACCGAAUCUGAAAGCUUUCCGGAGCUUCGCAAAAUGUCCCGCUACCAACGUGCCUCCACACAUUCCAGACUUUUCAAACUCCUUCAAGAUGACGGAGAUGUUAUCGAAGAAGAACAACCAGGUGAUGAAGAAGCAGCUCUCGAAGCCGAAUUCAAUUUCAAGCCUCGAAAAAAGAUCGUCCACAAUGUUUCGAUCACUCGAAAACAGAAUCCCAAAGCUCUGCAAGAAGCAGAAACUGUUACUGAACGUCGGCAAAGACUCUCACUGCCACUUAGAAAAAAUCAAAGCAUCGAUGCCGAUAACCCUUCUUCGCCAAACUCUCCAGCCUCGCCAAUUCACGGCCAACAAUCCCAACCAAUCAGCGAUAAACUAGUCAACGAACUUAUCCAGAGUUUGCUGCUGAAAAAGAGCAGCUCAUCACUGAAAAAUCUUCCCAUGGAGAAACUUCAAGCUGCUGCCAAGAGGGUUCUUGAAGAAGAACUUGAUUCACUGGAAAACACCUCACUUGAUUCUACACCUGCACUAACACCUCAAGAAUUCAAAAACGAAUCUUAUGCUGAUUAUUACGACACAUGGAGCUCCUCGAAAAUGGACUCAGACAAUGCGGCUACAAAUGGCAGCUUCGAAAUACUACCAUCGAAGGCAUUCAAAGUUCUGCAAGAAACGGCGGGAUCAGCCAAACGAAAACCCUGGGCCGUUCGGUGUCCUCGAGUUUUGAGUUCAAAAACUGUGAAUAGAGACUUAGCACGGGUAACAGAAUCUCCUGAAAUUGUCAGCCGAAGUAGUCGAUCACCUGAAAUGUUUAGCUCAGAACGAGCAGGUUCAGUUGGUAGAUGGAAAAAAGUUUAACCAAAAUUUGUUCGAAAACACGUGAAACACACUUAUACCUAAAAUAAGGAAAUUCUAUGACUGAUGGACCAUGUUUAAAGUCCUUUUCCAAUGCAUUUAUUUGUAGGCCAGUCAGAUUGAUUGUAUAAUGAAUUUGUAUUUAUUUUUGAACCCCAUGGGUUGCCCUAUAGACAAAAUGAUGAUGAUGGGCACUUUAAAGUCUAGAAAAAAUAGAUCUCUUUUGGUUUGCUAAACAAAUUUGGCAGUUUUCUCAAAUCUAAUUUCGGAAAUCUGAUCCUUAAAGACUGAUCAGAUAAGUAUGCAUUUUAGUGAUGUUUUUCAAAAACACAUUUUUUUUAUUGAAAUUAUUAAUUUUGAUGA